AUGGCUCCAUUACAAAAACUUCAUUCUGAGGAGAAACGAUUACAGUCUUUAGCUGAAAAAAAGCAAUCAUACAAACAGCAAAAAAAUGCAAUUCAACAGGCCCUUCAACAAAUUGAAACUGGCAGUAAUAGAAAAAACAGAAUAGUUUUUAAUGAAAAUGAUAGCGAAAGUAAACCAAAAAAGAAACAAAAACUUUCGUUGUUCGAUCAGGAUGCGGAUAAUGAUGGCGAUGAAAUUAAUUUUAAAGAACAGUUUGAUGGAACUAAAGGACAAAAAGUAGAAUUGCAAUCACGGUUUGCACAUGAUUCUCGUUUUACAAUGGAUUCACGAUUCAUUGAAGAAGAUGAACAAGAAAAUGAAAAGACAGAAAUCCAAUCUGAAGAAAAUCUAGAAACUGAAAAGAAAAAGCAAUUGGAUAUUUUAGCGACAAUUACAGGAAAAAAAAUUUCAGAACACAGUCAAAAACAAGUUAAAAAAGAUCAACCUGAGGAAAACGUAACCAGUGAAGUGCAACAAAAAACUUUUUAUAAAGUAUCCAGUAAUUUAAAAGAUUCUUUAAAAGAAAAUAAUUCAUUUAGUUUAUUAAAUAUGUUUGGAGAUUCACCGGAGACACAUGGUAACAAUGAAGUGGAGGAAGAAACAACUUCAAAAGAUAUUAAAAAGAAAAAGCAUAUAGGUCCUGUUUCAAAUCCUUUUAAGUAUGAUUCUUCAGAUUCGGAGGAUGAAACAGAAGUUAAGAAAAAUUCUAAACCUUUAACUUUGAACGAUACUCAUGGAAAAAAGGAAAAGAAAAUUAAUACUGAAAAAUUCUUUUUCACGGCCGAUGAUUCUAGACUAAAAGGUAUUAUAAUUUCACAAGAUGGUUAUUUUAAAUAA